ACCAAACUCAAUUAUUCAACAAACAUGCAUAGCUACUGUUCUUGGUAACAUGCGCCCAAACGCUUAACCAAUCACACUUGUCUUCACUUUGACCAACAGCUACACGCAUGGCGCAUUUUAGACUCACCCAUCUGACAGAUCAGGGGAAUGAAAUCAACGGUAUUAUGAAUGAAAGGUCGUUAACGAUUUCUCUUGUCUUCCAUUUAUCUCUGACCUUGUCAUAAUCUCGCUUAAGGUUGCUAAACCAGAGAAUUGAGGGAUGGAAAUAAAUGACCAAUCUGUUGACAGUAUAUAUAUGGGGGAUUCUAUUCUAGAAAAAACUCUCUCGCAUGGAGAGAUUUCAUCAAGUGGAAAGGACGUGCAAGAGAUAGAGAGAACCAUGAAAGUUUUAACUAGAGUUGACUUGGACUUGGCACUUUCUUCUGAGAAGUUGGUAAACUUACAUGUACUUUUGAUGCACCUUUUAGCUAGGGGGGAUGAUCUUGAAACAAUGACCAUGGGUAAUAUACAUAUUUCGGCAACCUCCAUUGAGAAGGCAUUGUUAUAUGAUCUUUUAUCUGGCAUUUUAGAUUCUGAGUUAAGAGAGGUGGACAUUUUUUUGGAUGCUCUCCAACUGGAGAUUGUUGAUGCCCAUCAUAAAAUAUCUUCAUGCAGACAUUUGAGAGAGAUAUUCACUAUGAUGGAACACAAGUUGCUUGAUUCUGAAGAUUCAUUGAAGCAGUCGCAAGAGCAUGUUUUGGAGUUGAAAAUGCAGUCAGCCAAGUUUCAGAGAGCCUUGUCAUUUCUUAAACAUAAUAACUGUGAAAAUGAUGACACCAUAGAGUUAUCGGUAAACAGUCCGCUAUCAAACAUGAAUGGGAAAUCAAAAGUUCAAAAAGCUGCGGCACAAAGACAUAUUUUAAGGAUGUUGGAGAAGUCUCUUGCAAGGGAGCUAGAUCUGGAGAAGAAAAUAUCAGAGUUCAAACAAAAUGAAGAGCAGCUGAAGUUAAAGCUACACCAUACAGAGGAGCUGUCUUUUCGCAUGGAAGAAGCAGCUGAAGUCGUAUGGGGAAGGUUUGUGGAGGCUGAAAAUUCCGCAGAGGUGCUCAUGGGGAUUUCCAAGGAAUUGCUAGGUCGACUCCAGAUUUUUCAAUUUAAUCUGAAUGGUUCCCUCCAACGAGAAGCUGAGAUAAAAACUAAAUUCGAAGAUUGCAUUGGGCAGCUGAAAGCCAAAGACUUUGCUUUACAAAAACUUGAGAGCAGCAAUGCAGAACAUUCUACUGAAAGUUGUGAAGUGUUAACAUUGAAGGAAAAAGUAAAAUCACUUGAGGAACAGCUGAAAGAAUCUGAGAUCCGGCUGAUGAAUGUAAAUGCUUCCUAUGAAGCAAGUCAAGAGCAGCUUGAAGAAAUGGAAAAUAUCAUUGAGUCACUGAAAGAGAACAUAUAUGAAGCAGAAAGUAGGGCUGAAAGUGCUGAAGCCAAGGUCACACAGUUAACUGAUACAAAUUUGGAACUAACUGAAGAGCUAAAUUUUCUUAAGGGUAACAAUGAUAGUAAUGCAAAGAGGGUAGGCUUACUUGAAAAACAGGUGAGGGAGUUAGAAAUCCAGUUACAGAAUGCAAAGGCAUCUUCUGAAGCAAGUCAAGAGCAGCAAAAUAUGUUAUACUCUGCAAUAUGGGACAUGGAAACUUUAAUUGAAGAUCUGAAAUCAAAGGUCUCCAAAGCUGAAAGUAAAACUGAGAGUGCAGAGGAGCAAAGUAUUGUACUAUCUGAAAACAUUUUUGAAUUAAAUGAAGAACUAAAUGCUACGAGGGAUAGAGUGAAAAUCUUGGAGUUGUCUUUGGAUGAAGCUAACAAUGUAAAAGCUGCUGGUGCAAAAGAAAUUAACCUUAAGACCAAGCUUAUGAUGGAUAUGGUUAUGCAACUGGCAACUCAAAGGGAGCUCAUUCAAAAUCAGGUAUACUCCUUAACAAAUCAGAAUGAGUUAUUGGAGGAGAAAUUGCGGUAUACAGAAAAAAAUGCUUAUGCAACUAUUCAAAAUUUGAGAGAUGGUGAUGACAAAGAGCUGCCACUUUCCAAGAAUGAUUUGAUUCAUUCUAAUUGUAUAAACACAUCUGAGGGUUCAGAGUCCCUAACUCAAAGUAUCCAGGCGGAUGAAUUUUCCAGAGAGUCUGGGGCAUGUGAGACUGAAGUUGGGCCUUCAGGCACAGCAGACUAUAACAAUGGGAUGGCUUCAAAUCCUGAGGCUGCAACGACGGGACAUCUUAGCCGAAACGGUGUUGUUCUCGCGAUAUUUGUGUCUUUACUUUCAGUGUCAGUCUUAUAUUUUCUCAAACAAGAAACCUUUACCCUGCCUCUUUGAUAAGAUUUGAUGGCUGAGCUCUGCCAUGCAUCAGGAUUUGUGUGUUUCAGGCGACAAUGUACGUACCACGCCGGAUUUAUUGGAUUGCUUCCAUGUGUUCCUUGGUUUGUACAUAAUUGAUUUCAUUAUUGUAUUCUUUGUAUAUGUUCUCGUAAUGUUGAUAAUUGUGAAAAUGAAACUAUGAAUGUAUUUAUUUACAGUCUCCAUGUGUGUUU